AUGGAGUUACGAAGGCCACUGGAAAAGCGCGGCUGGGUCACACUGGCAAGCUUGGCUUCUGUAUUCUUCGGAUUCGACAACUUCUUUGUCGCCUAUGCUGGAAACGUGUUCAAACCAGUCGAAUACAUGGCUGCAAUGCUUCUUAUGGUGGGCGUAAUCAGCGCUCUGGGAAGCCUUUUGCUUGCGACCUUCUGCGAGAGCUUUAGGAAAGAAACCGCGAGCUGUUCGCAGCAUGCUUCUCCUUUGAAGCUCUUCUGGUUUCUGUCCAGCGGGGCCUUCAUCGCAUUGGCCCAGACGUGCGGGUGCUUAAGCUUCUCCUUGGAUGAGGUAAACUCGGGGCCACACCAAGCCGUUGUGGUUGCCAAUGUGCCUCUCGUCGGCCUCUUUUUCUAUGUGUAUAGCGGAGAGACGUUGUCAAGACAGCAGCUGUGUGGAUGUUUCCUGAUCAUGUCUGGGGUCCUGUACAUGUCCGGCUUCUUUUCACUGUCGCGGUCGCGGACGGCAGGCGAUGAGCCGGUUCAGUUUCGAUCGUUCCUUUGGAUUUGCACAUCCUGCAUGUUCUACGCUGCCUCCAUCAUCACCAUCCGCCUAGCUGGCGAAGCCGAUCUGCCAUCCCGCCCAAAAUCAGCAGCAAUCGUGUUCUCGUCUGGCAUCCUGGGUUUCAUGCUGCUCCGGCUGCUUCUCUCCGAUGGCAGCUACACCUCUGUACUCAGUCCUGACAAUCUGGUUUGGCCUACGCUCAACGCAGUGGCGUCGAUGACCGGGCUUUUCACUGUUGUGGCGUCCUACGAGGUCCCAGACUCGAAAGCUGCUCUGGCGACUGCUGUUAUCGACAGCAACUCUGUGCCAAUGUGCGUCCUGAACUUUGUCUUGCUCGGGGAGGUGCCGAAGAUGUCCAAGACUGUUGGUAUGGCCAUGGUUUUACUCGGUUGUUCUGUGGCAUCUUUGAGAUCAGAAGAUGGAAGCUACAAGGUCUUGCCAGCUUACCCGGCGGAGCAUGCGACGUGA